GUUGGUGAUGGUGCCGCACUGCACUUGUUUCAAGGAUGUCAUGGUCUGCGGUUCCCCUAGUCUGCGUCAUCGCUUAUACGCGACAGAGCAGUGAUAGCGCUGCUGUUGCUGGCGACGCUGGGGUCCAACCUCGCCAACUCCGAGAACUCGCUGUUCACGCUAAGCAAUUUCAAGGCAUGUUACCACUGCCCGCCUUCCUCGCAAGCACCGAUCCCAGCGUUGUAGAUAUGGCGUCGGGCACCACCUUCGCCUCCUGCAUAUCUCUCAGCCACGCCAGAGCGUGCUGCGACUGCGCGCCUUUCUCGCACGCGCUGAACCCAGCGUUGUGAAUGAAGGCGUCGGCACCACACUCGCCUAGCGCACUUUGCUAAGCAACGCCAGAACAUGCUGCCACUACCCAACUUUCUCGCAAGCGCUGCUCCCAGCGCUGAACUGUAGGACGCUGGGCUCCCCAACACUUCGGCAAACAAUGAAAAGGCGUGCAGCCACUGCAUGCCUCUCUCGCAAGCGCUGCUCCCAAUGCUGAAACUGCUAGAAGACGUCGGGCUCCAGCUUCGCCUCCCGAACCUCGCUGAACCCUGAGAGGGCCUGCUGCCACUGCUCGACGUUUCCGCACGCGUUUACUCCAGCGCUGUAGCUGCUGACGCCACGCGCCAUGACGCCGUCUGCACAUCUUUGAGCAACGACGGGGCCCGCUGCCACUGAUGACCUUUCUCGCACGCGCUGACCACUGCGCUGGAGAUAGAUGACCUCGGGCUCCUGCUUCGCCUCCUGAACCUCGCUGAGCAAUGACAGUGCCUGCUGCCACUGCUCGGCGUUCCCACACGCGCUUAAUGCAGCGCUGUAGCUGAUGAUGUCGAGCGCCAAGAUCGCCUCCUGCACAUCUCCGAGCAGCGACAAAGCCCGUUGCCACUGGAGACCUCUUUCACACGCGCUGAUCAUCGCGUUGUAGCUGACCCACCCGUGAACUUCAACGGACCGGCUAGCAGGCCGAAGAGCUCCGAGGAGCUCGCAGAGAGCGUUCAUGAUGCGGUCGACGCAAAGAUCUCGCCGGUCAUGAAAACUCGUUGAAUCGGCCAAGGGAGGAUGAUCGCCCACCUGGCCAAAGAAAAUCGGCGUUCUCGCACGCGCUGGCCACAGCGCUAUACACGACGACGGGGGGCUUCAAACUUACAUCCGACAUCUCACUGAGCAACACCAGCGCCCGCUGCCACUGCCCGCCUUUCUCACACGCGCUAACCCCAGCGCUGCAGCUGAUAACGUUGGGAUCCAGCCUCGAAUCCCACAUCUCUCUGAUCAACGCCAAAGCUCGCUGCCACUGCCCGCAUUUCUCGCACGCGCUGAUCCCAGCGCUAUAGCUUAUAUCGUUGGGUUCCAACCUCGCACUCACAAUCUCGCUUAGCAACACCAGCGCCCGCUGCCACUGCCCUCCUUUCUCGCACGCGCUGAUCCCAGCGUUGCAGCUGAUAACGUUGGGAUCCAGCCUCGAAUCCCACAUCUCUCUUAUCAACGUUAAAGCUCGCUGCCACUGCCCGCAUUUCUCGCACGCGCUGAUCCCAGCGUUGUAGCUAGAUGACGUUUGGCUCCAACCUUUUCUCGCGCAUCUCGAAUAGCAGCGACAACGCCCGCUGCCACUGCCCGCCUUUCUGGCACGCGCUAAUCCCAGCGUUGCAACUGAUGACGUCGGGAUCCAACUUCGCGCUCACCAUCUCACUCAGCAACCAAAGAGCCCAAAGCCACUGCCCGCCGCUUUGGCACGCGCUGAUCCCUGCGCCGCAGCUGAUCACGUUGGGCUCAAGCCUGACAUCCCACAUAUCGCUGAGCAACUCCAAAGCGAGCUGCCACUGCCCGCCUUUCUCACAUGCGCUGAUCGCAGCGCUGUAGCUAUCACGUCGGGCUCUGGCUUCUUCUCCUGAGUCUCGCUGCGCAGAGAGAUCGCCAGCUCCCACUGGCCCGCUUCCUCGCACGCUCUGAUAGCAGCAUUUAAAUCGACUAGCGCGCUGAUACCGGCAUUGUAAUCGACUAGGGCUGAUCCGCCUACUUUUGUUCGCUGUGCCGCAACGUCGGGCUGGAAAAAACUCGCACCCCACAUGUCGCUGAGCAACGCCAGAGCCCGCUGCCACUGUCCAGCUGACUCGCAUGCGCUGAUCGCAGUGUUGUAGCUGAUAGUGUUUGGAUUCAAUUUCGAAUUCCGCACAUCCCUAAACAGUGCCAAAGCUGACUGCCACUGUCCGCAUUUCUCGCACGCGCUGAUCCCAGCGUUGCAGCUGAUGACUACCAUAGGCCCGCGGUAAACGAUCCACGCUCGCCUCUCACAAGCAGAUGCUCCAAGUCUGUGAAGUCCCGUGGAGGCGAAGAUAUUGAGCCAAAGGCGCACACGUUGCCUCAAGCAGCAUCUAUUCGGAAAGAUCGGCGAAGGCACUGCUAGGGAUCACUCGUU